CGCCCUCGGAAGUCGCUUCCUAUCAGCAUGGGCUAAUCCAAUCACACGUGGGGCAGAUCUGCCAUGACGAGAUAGCCUUCAGCGAAAAAGACAAUUCAGGACAAUGUCUGGUUCAUGCCCGGGUUGUUACGACAUCUCCACUAGUCUAUCAGGCGGAAGCUGCUCUGCAUCCGUCCCCCUUCCGUCCCAGCCCUAAUCAGACCAUGGACAAAGAGAGAUAAAUAUUAGGACCGUUCUUGCCUCUGUUCACGUCAACACAUCAUUGACUAACUAGAAGUCUCAUAAUCCCUAUUCUAUUGUCUCAGUACAUACCUCGCCAUGCACAUUUCACCCGCAGUCACGCUAGAUCAAUAUGCUGUCUCCCUUCAGAGUGGAUUUCUUCCCACCAUCCCUCCUUUGCAACUAUUACAGGACCCUUACUACUGGCCAUGGGAGGACAUAGUCCUUGACUUGCCAAAUCAUAUCAAAUCCAGAACCAUCCGGCAGGCAGUCGACGCACUUCCCGUUCUUUCCACCUCCCGCCUCCGUGAUGAGCCGGAAUGGAGGCGAGCGUAUUCGCUGCUGGCCUUCCUCACCCAUGCCUACAUAUGGGGAGGCGAACAGCCCGAGGAGAUCCUACCACCCGCCAUAUCAUGCCCCUUCCUCGAAGUCUCCAACCAUCUCGAGCUCCCACCUUGCGCUACCUACGCUGCCCUCAACCUGUGGAAUUUCAGUCUCAAAGACCGCGCUGCAGACAUCACCGACCCUGACAACCUCUACAUCAACUCCUCCUUCACCGGCACCAAAGACGAAGAAUGGUUCUUCAUGAUCUCCGUCGCCCUUGAAGCCAAAGGCGCCACCCUCAUCCCCUUAAUCCUCGACGCCAUCCACGCCGUCAGCACCGACGAGAGCCAACGCCUCUGCGACCUCCUCGCUCAGUUCAGCAAGGGUCUUUCGGAGCUUCGUGAUCUGCUCGAACGCAUGUACGAGAAAUGCGCCCCAGCCUUCUUCUUCCACCAGCUCCGCCCUCUCCUCGCCGGGAGCAAAAACAUGGCCUCGGCGGGCCUCCCGAACGGCGUCUUCUACGACGAGGGCCACGGCCAUGGCGAAUGGCACCAGCACAGCGGCGGCAGCAAUGCGCAGAGCUCAUUGAUCCAGACCCUCGAUAUCUUCCUGGGCGUGGAGCACACCGCCACGGGGGAUAUGAAAUCCAAUGGUGUGACGAAGCCCGCGCCCAAAACAGGUUUCCUGCAGGAAAUGCGCAACUACAUGCCCGGCCCCCACCGGCGCUUUCUCGAGCAUCUCUCCCAAAUCAGCAACGUGCGCAGCUACGCCCUCAGCCACAAGGCCGACUCCCCGGUCCGCGACGCCUACAACACCGCCGUUAUGGCGCUCGGCCGGUUCCGCGACUCCCAUGUGCAAAUGGUCACGCGGUAUAUCAUCCUCGCGGCGAAGACGAAGCACCCGGAUAUGCAGCCGAAGUCCGCGCAGGUCAACCUGGCCACGACCACCACAAUCCAGAUGAAGGAUUUGAAUGAGAAGGUCGCGGGCGGAUUGCAUGGCACUGGGGGGACUGAUUUGAUUCCAUUUCUGAGGAAGACGAGGGAUACGACGAAGGCGGCGGCCAGUUAUGUUGAUUGAACUGGAUGAUUACUACUUUGAUGACUGACGAUGAUUGUAUAUAAUUUCCUU